AUGUUCCCGCGUUGCUUCAUAGCCUCCUUUAUCAGUACACGUUCUUGCUAUGAUUGCUGCACUACAUCUGCAUGCAGCGCUGCUUACGGAUGUGAAUGGGAUCACGGAACUCAAGCUGGCGUUUAUGCUGCAAUCGCUGGGAUUAUUCUUGGAGGCGCUCUCGUUGUCCUCGGCAUAGCUUGGGUGAUUCGGCGUUGCAUGUGUCCUAACCAAGGAGAACAACAGAGUCAACAAGAGCAACAACAACGUGAGGCCACCUUUCCACCGCCACAACCAGUGAAAGCAGUGCCUAUCGUUGCGACCAUACCAACCCCCGACCCCACGCACACGAUGGAAGAUUCUUCUGUCCUCUAUGCAUGA